AUGAAGCCUCUAAUACUGAUGUUUACUGUGCAUCUGUUAUGGCUGAAAGGCUGUCAGGGUGCACCUACUUCGAAAGACACAGCUGAUAUUGGUGAAAACCUAAAGAGCUUGUCUGUGGUUGGAGAGAAAUAUGUAGAUGAAGAAGUGAAGAAAGCUUUGAUGGGCAUUAAGCAGAUGAAAAUCAUGAUGGAGAGAAGUGAAGUAAAACAUAAAGAGCUCAUGAAAACCCUGAAGAAAAGCAGUAAAGAAAAACAGGAGGCCUUCCAACUUAUGAAUGAAGUCAAAGAAAGACUGGAAGAGGAGGAAAGGCAAUGCCAAGUGUCUUUGACAGAUUUAUGGGAUGAAUGCAAGUCUUGUCUGAAAAGUAGCUGCAUGAGAUUUUAUACAACCUGCCAACCAAGUUGGUCCACUGUGAUAAAUAAGAUUGAAAGCUUUUUCAAGAAAAUACCUCAGUUAAUUUUUCCUUUUCAUGAGGAUGAAGCAAAAGCACUUCCUGUCAUUGGAAAGCCAGAUAAGGAAGAUGCUCAACUCUCCCAGAUGGAGGGUGCAUUCAGCCAACUGUCCAUGGAUGUGAACACACUAUUCAACAGGAGCACUGAUGUCUUCAAACAGAUAUGUCAAGAAUUUGACCAGGCUUUUCAAACAUAUUUCAUCUCAGACCCAGACUUAACAAAGCCCUAUUUCCUACCAUCUUUUUCAGAGACAACCCCCCAAAAUACAAGUCUUCUAAAAAGCUGGGAGAUACCUAAUUUCUUGCAGCUAUUUUUUGAUUUCAGCAAAUCAGUUUUCAUAGGUAUUAGUGAAAUGAUUACUGAAAUGCUAAAAGGAAUGAGGGAUUUACCAGAACAAGUAAAAGAGUUGAACAAAGGAGGCAUGUUUUCGAAGAUUUUCCCUGGACACGACAGAGCACCAUGUAAAGAGCUUGGCCAGAAUUUGUCUGGAUGUUUAGAAUUCCAUGAAAGGUGCCAAAAAUGUAAAGAAAACCUCUUGCAAGACUGCCCUGAUGUCCCCGAGUUGCACUUGAAGUUUGAUGAAGCCUUUCAGUUGUUUAACAUCUCUGAGCAGCAAUAUAAUCAGAUUUUCCAGAUAACCCAGCAUCACAUGGAAGACAUGACCUCCAUGAUGUGGAAGAUGAGGGAGAAGUUUGGAUGGGUGACUGAGCUUGCUCACAGAACUCUAGGAUCAGAAAAUAUCUUCAGUAUUAUAAAGGUAGCUCCAAGAAUUGGUGAAGGAAAGACUUCUAAUCCAAAUAACACUCUGGUAGAAGUGACCAUCCUAACUUCACCUGCUUUCAUCAUCAAAGUCCCUCAGGAUGUAAGCAUGGACAACUCCAACUUCAUUGAGUAUGUGGUUGGGAAGGCUUUACAGUAUUACAAGCAACAUGUUUAAGCCUGGUGAGAUGAUCUGCUGAUGCAUCUUACAUCGAGGAUCUGGAUAGGACCUUCGUCUGAGGUCCCUGAAUUGUGAAAUAGACAAGGUCGAUGACAUGAAUGAGCUAAAAAUGUAGUUUAUGAAGGUAAACAGUAGCUUUAAAUGCUAUAUAACACUGAGAAUUCAAUAAUUUUCCAUUAUAGUUUUAUACAAAAUGAGCUUUAAUCUUAAAAAAAUAAAGGAAUUGUAUAGAUGCCCUUCAUUUAAGUCCUCUGUGUAUCAAAUAAGUGAAGAUCUAGUCCUUGAAAUGGCUGUUUUGCUACUAUGUUGUUUUCUCAUCAAUAAAGAGGGUUUUCCUUCUAUUCAGAUUUUAUACUUAUAGUAUUUGUUGACUUUUAAAAUACUGCUUUGUAACUGACACUGUAGUAUUUUCUUUUAACA